GACAAGCAUCCCGGGUCCUUUCUUUCUGGUAAAUUUAGAGAAGCCAUCAUACUGGGAUCUUUUUUCACAUCCAGCCCAUGCGGACUGAGCAGCCAAAGCUUGACAGAGAAAUUCCAUGAUUGGUGAAGUUUCUUGUUACUAAAGUUGUCUUCUUGAGGAUUUCUUUGAAGUGGUAAUUCGUCUAGAAGGGAUGUCAUGGUCUAGAACACCUAUACUGAAGUACAAGGCUGAGCAAGAAAGAUCACUCCACUGCAACUGAGCAAAGUGCUGAAGGAGUUGAAAGGAAGAAGAGAACAUUGGACGUGGUUUCACGGAGGAGGAAGCAUUUUAAUUUAUUCAGAAAGAGUGAAAAGGAUUUUGAAAGCAAAUAAGGCCUAGCCACUUUUGAAACAUGUCAAAGAGCCCCAGCUUAUUUACCAGAAGUAGGUUGUGACAGUUGGAAGUGUCAUGUACAACAUGCGGCGAUUAAGUCUUUCACCCAACUUUUCAAUGGGAUCUCAUCUGUUAGUUAUUGUGACUCUCUUAUUUUCCCAUGUGGACCAUGUAAUUGCUGAGACAGAAAUGGAAGGAGAAGGAAAUGAAACUGGUGAAUGUACUGGAUCAUAUUACUGUAAGAAAGGGGUGAUUUUGCCCAUUUGGGAACCCCAAGACCCUUCUUUUGGGGACAAAAUUGCUAGAGCUACUGUGUAUUUUGUGGCCAUGGUCUACAUGUUUCUUGGAGUCUCUAUCAUAGCUGAUCGGUUCAUGUCCUCUAUAGAAGUCAUCACAUCUCAAGAAAAAGAAAUAACCAUAAAGAAACCCAAUGGAGAGACCACCAAGACAACUGUGAGGAUCUGGAAUGAAACAGUUUCUAACCUGACCUUGAUGGCCCUGGGAUCUUCUGCUCCUGAGAUUCUCCUUUCAGUAAUUGAAGUGUGUGGCCAUAACUUCACUGCAGGAGACCUCGGUCCUAGCACCAUCGUGGGAAGUGCUGCAUUCAAUAUGUUCAUCAUUAUUGCACUCUGUGUUUAUGUGGUCCCUGACGGAGAGACAAGGAAGAUUAAGCAUUUGCGUGUGUUCUUUGUGACAGCAGCCUGGAGCAUCUUUGCCUACACCUGGCUUUACAUUAUUUUGUCUGUCAUAUCUCCUGGCGUUGUGGAGGUCUGGGAAGGUUUGCUUACUUUCUUCUUCUUUCCCAUCUGUGUUGUGUUCGCUUGGGUAGCGGAUAGGAGACUUCUGUUUUACAAGUAUGUCUACAAGAGGUAUCGAGCUGGCAAGCAGAGGGGGAUGAUUAUUGAACAUGAAGGAGACAGGCCAUCUUCUAAGACUGAAAUUGAAAUGGACGGGAAAGUGGUCAAUUCUCAUGUUGAAAAUUUCUUAGAUGGUGCUCUGGUUCUGGAGGUGGAUGAGAGGGACCAAGAUGAUGAAGAAGCUAGGCGAGAAAUGGCUAGGAUUCUGAAGGAACUUAAGCAGAAGCAUCCAGAUAAAGAAAUAGAGCAAUUAAUAGAAUUAGCUAACUACCAAGUCCUAAGUCAGCAGCAAAAAAGUAGAGCAUUUUAUCGCAUUCAAGCUACUCGCCUCAUGACUGGAGCUGGCAACAUUUUAAAGAGGCAUGCAGCUGACCAAGCAAGGAAGGCUGUCAGCAUGCACGAGGUCAACACUGAAGUGACUGAAAAUGACCCUGUUAGUAAGAUCUUCUUUGAACAAGGGACAUAUCAGUGUCUGGAGAACUGUGGUACUGUGGCCCUUACCAUUAUCCGCAGAGGUGGUGAUUUGACUAACACUGUGUUUGUUGACUUCAGAACAGAGGAUGGCACAGCAAAUGCUGGGUCUGAUUAUGAAUUUACUGAAGGAACUGUGGUGUUUAAGCCUGGUGAGACCCAGAAGGAAAUCAGAGUGGGUAUCAUAGAUGAUGAUAUCUUUGAGGAGGAUGAAAAUUUCCUUGUACAUCUCAGCAAUGUCAAAGUAUCUUCUGAAGCUUCAGAAGAUGGCAUACUGGAAGCCAAUCAUGUUUCUACACUUGCUUGCCUCGGAUCUCCCUCCACUGCCACUGUAACUAUUUUUGAUGAUGACCACGCAGGCAUUUUUACUUUUGAGGAACCUGUGACUCAUGUGAGUGAGAGCAUUGGCAUCAUGGAGGUGAAAGUAUUGAGAACAUCUGGAGCUCGAGGAAAUGUUAUCGUUCCAUAUAAAACCAUCGAAGGGACUGCCAGAGGUGGAGGGGAGGAUUUUGAGGACACUUGUGGAGAGCUCGAAUUCCAGAAUGAUGAAAUUGUCAAAACAAUAUCAGUCAAGGUAAUUGAUGAUGAGGAGUAUGAGAAAAACAAGACCUUCUUCCUUGAGAUUGGAGAGCCCCGCCUGGUGGAGAUGAGUGAGAAGAAAGCCCUGUUAUUGAAUGAGCUUGGUGGCUUCACAAUAACAGGAAAAUACCUGUUUGGCCAACCUGUCUUCAGGAAGGUUCAUGCUAGAGAACAUCCGAUUCUCUCUACUGUAAUCACCAUUGCAGAUGAAUAUGAUGACAAGCAGCCACUGACCAGCAAAGAGGAAGAGGAGAGGCGCAUUGCAGAAAUGGGGCGCCCCAUCCUGGGAGAGCACACCAAGUUGGAAGUGAUCAUUGAAGAAUCCUAUGAAUUCAAGAGUACUGUGGACAAACUCAUUAAGAAGACAAACCUGGCCCUUGUGGUUGGGACUAACAGCUGGAGAGAACAGUUCAUUGAAGCUAUCACUGUCAGUGCUGGGGAAGAUGAUGACGACGAUGAAUGUGGGGAAGAGAAGCUGCCCUCCUGUUUCGAUUACGUGAUGCACUUUCUGACUGUGUUCUGGAAGGUCCUCUUUGCCUUCGUCCCCCCUACUGAAUACUGGAAUGGCUGGGCGUGUUUCAUUGUCUCCAUCCUCAUGAUUGGCCUACUGACAGCUUUCAUUGGAGACCUGGCUUCCCACUUUGGCUGCACCAUUGGCCUGAAAGAUUCUGUGACUGCAGUCGUGUUCGUCGCACUUGGAACAUCAGUGCCAGACACAUUUGCCAGCAAAGUGGCAGCCACCCAGGACCAGUAUGCAGAUGCCUCCAUAGGUAACGUCACAGGCAGCAACGCGGUGAAUGUCUUCCUGGGAAUCGGUGUGGCCUGGUCCAUCGCUGCCAUCUACCACGCAGCCAACGGGGAACAGUUCAAAGUGUCCCCUGGCACACUAGCUUUCUCUGUCACUCUCUUCACCAUUUUUGCUUUCAUCAAUGUGGGGGUGCUGCUGUAUCGGCGGAGGCCAGAAAUCGGAGGUGAGCUGGGUGGGCCCCGGACUGCCAAGCUCCUCACAUCCUGCCUCUUUGUGCUCCUAUGGCUCUUGUACAUUUUCUUCUCCUCCCUGGAGGCCUACUGCCACAUAAAAGGCUUCUAAAGGAACUAUCAGAUAUAGUAAAUUUAUAUAUAUACAUAUAUAUACAUAAAAAUUAUGUAUAAUGGACAGAGGAAACUGACAUUUGUCAUGUUCACUUACCUGCUGAUGGAAUCCAGCUUCAAGAGCAUACUCUGUACUAGGGCCGAAGUAAAAAACCAUCACCUCCCAUUCCCAGGGGCAUCAUCAUAUUCAACAAGGCAUGGAGGCAGGGCCAUCUUUGCAGCUCAGUCUAGAAGGGCUGCACUCUCUCCAGGUUCAUAAAUCCUUAAGGCUUUGAUUUGUUUUGUUUUUGGUUUUGUUUUCAGUGGAGCUGGGGAGGUAGUUAAUGUUUGGCUUUAUUUUUGUUAUUUUGUUUUGUUUUGUUUUUUUGGGGAGAGUCAGGGUUGUUGCUUUUCUUUGUGGAAAGUGAAACCAUCCAAAUGUAAAUGGGUUUUGGUAAAAAUUUAAAUCAUUAAUAUUCCCCCUCACCUCCCCCAAUCACUUUAAAACUUAUUUCGGAUUAAGAAAAAAUCUGGGCAUGGAAGAAGAAAGAAGCAUGUCUUCAUCAUAUUACCAAAGUUCAUGCUUAUCUCCGGAAUGUGAGUGGAGGUGAAGCUGCCUCCAAGAAGAAGCAUAAGAGUGGAAUGGAGCCAGGAAAUCCGAUGGUUCUAGAAACAGUCUGAUAUUUAAACAUGUGAUACCUGGCAGUCUCAUUUAACAGGUACAAGGAAAACGUGCCUAGAUUCCCAGGAACAUGCAAAAUCCUUUCUUUCUUAUCUCUUUAGCUCUGGACUGUGAUUGGCAAGGUCCUUCUUCCAGCAUUCAGCCCAGCUAAGCCCCCAGGUGCCCCAUCCCAACCCUGUUUCUCCUGUCCACCUGCCAUCCCCUAUGCAAACAGUAAGAAUAACCCCAUUCAAAAUGCACAUCAUCGUUUUCCAUUUGCAUUAACAUGUGUCUCAGUCCCAUGUUGCCGUUGCUUGGGAUUGUCUGUCAGUUUUAUUUUCAAAGGCAUCCAUGGCUUGCACAAUCCUGUUCCAGUCAUGACUGAACAUUUGCUCCUUCUUCAUGUGCCGUUCGGAAAUGUUGUUGUGACACCUGUUACACAGUGCAUGGUGAAAAACAAAUAAAACAAAACAAAGAGUAUCUGUAUAUAGUAGAGUAUAGUACAUACUGUUCUCCCAUUUGGCAAUGUUGAUUGGACAUUGAAGACAUAAGUGAGUUUUCUUUUCACCUGAGUUGUUACUUUUGUGCUGUUAUUGAGUUUGAUUAAUUACUAGGGAUAAAAGGAGAAAAUGGCUUAUUGUUCAUGGUUCUGCACAUUCAUUUCUAAGAAGCAAUAACUGUCAUGUGGGGAGAAGUUAAAGCUAUUGAGAGGAUAGCAGGCAAACUACAAAGAUCUUCAUGGAAAAUUAGCCAUGUGGAACACAUCAGAGGCCUCUAAAAAUCACCCAUUAAUUCAGGAAGGCCAAGGAGAAAGGCCUUAUAGAGACGUUGAUAUGUUGGAUGUGCCUAGGCUUUCAGAGCCACCCUUUCCACAACACCCUUCCCUGCAAAGUAUUUAUUUCACAACUGCACUGUCUGGCACAGAUGGUAGAUAGUGCUGGUUUGUUCAUUUUAUUUUUUUACUUAAAAGGUUAUUUUGAGCCCUGUUUCUUUCACUGUCCAGUCUAGUCCUCUUUGAUUAUAUCAGUAGUUCCUGAGUAAGAAAGAAGCCAGGGUGACCAACGGGCCUUUAAAAGUGUGUCUCCUCUACUUAUGCUGAAAGAGAAGGCAAUUAAAUAAGACUAGUACCUCCCAGGAGGAUUGGACUGGGAUAUUUUUAACCUUUAAAAAGAAUAGCUGUUUCUAUGUUAAAAUACCAAAGAACAUGGAUAAACUCAACAUUCCAAAGUAGUGAGCCCACUAAUGAGAAAAAUAAUAGAAUGACUUUGGUCACCUCUCGGAGACUUCUGUGUCUAUAAGGAAUCCCAGGCUGGAAACAUUCCUAGCCCUCUGUAUUGAUUCAAAAAUACUUAAUAAAUUAAAGCUGUUGAGACUUAUUUUUUCUUCUGUCACUCAGUAACCAUGAUCCUUCCUCAUUUAAUAAACAUUUGGUGACUGAAUGAGUAAUUAAAUGCUGGUUACCCACUUAAUGUGCCAGGUAGUAUGAUACUUUCUGGAGACUAAGCCAUGAACAAAACAGUCUAGAUCCCUGCCCUCAGAAGGGUUACAGUUUAUGUGAUUACUAUUUUCAUGAGUAAUAGUGAAGAAAGCCAUAUAGAAACAUUUUUAUCUUGCAAGAAAAAACAAUUAUGAAACUCUUUUAACAUAAACACACUGAAACUGUAUCAAAGCAAUUGUCCAAAUUGUAUUUAUACCCAAGAAUUUCUUUAACUAAGAGAGCAUAAGGCAUAUGUUUGGAAAACCACCCUCUUUAUCUUUGACCAACUUGCAGAUAAAUAUAUCUCUCCAUUUUAAACCAAGAAGGGCAAUCAUGUUGGUGAUCCAGAUCACUGAGAAAGCCCAGUGUAUCCCAUCUUUUAUCUUUGUUGGCAAUGGAACUUUUCUAUGGCCCACACUUUACAAUUCUUUGUCAUUCUAACCCAUCCUUCCCAUCCUGAUUUUUUUUUUUUUUUGAGAAUUGCUAAAUGGAAAGCUAGCCUAGAAGCACCAAGUAAAUAUAUUCAAGGAAUAUAAGUUGUUUAAACAUUAGAAAAAUUUUUGCACUCAUUUUUUAGCUGUAUUAGGAAUGUCAAUAAUCCUGUAGCAAAUUUUCACAGAGAACUUUACGAAAUUCUUGCAUUGGUCGAUUUCAAUUUGAAAGCUUUUUGGUUUGUUUGCUUUUUAAAUUUUCAUGUUCUAGGAAACUAUGAUUCUGGUUGUUCAGGAUUGUUAUUAUUAUAGUUGUGUAAAAUUAUUUUAUUUUGUGUGUAUUGUGCACAGCUUGGGGGGGCGGGAAAUGCACUAACUGUGCUCUUCCUUAUAAAUGGUACAUAUUACUGACACAGACAAAUAAAGUUUCUAAUUGUUUCUGAUUUAAUCACUAGUGAUACAGCAUAUUCUGUAUGAAAUGUUUUCUCUUUUCUCAUUGUCAUCUACUUCAUUUUUUGUUUUCAUGUUUUGAAGAAAUAAAAACCAAAAUGGUAUUAUUGUGCAACUGGUAUCAUCAUCCAAAGAAAAAAACAGACACCAAGUAUUCAAACUCUUGCAAACGUCAACCCUUCGGUCAUGCAAUGUUCUCUUUUUAAUGUCCCAGGAGUACACAGUGUCAGAAUAUUUGUUUGUCCUACGGUGCUGAGAUAUAUGUUGGACAUUCCUCCAUUUCACUGAUUUUUUUUACAUUGCUUAGUAUGAUUCUAUCUACAUCCUUUCCUGCAUCCAGGAUCAUGAGCCCAUAAACAGUUACAUGUCAGACAACCUUUUAGCAUGCAGAGUAUUAUUACAUCAAAUCAGUCGAUCCCAAAAAAUUCCAAUCCCAAAAUUGAUGGUAGUACAGUUUCUUCCCAAGGGGAUGCUUAAGUAAAUUGCUCUUUUAGUUUCAUAUGUUAUAUUCCUCUUGUAGAACUUCUGCCUUGCAUUAAUGAUUUCUGUCUAUAUGUUAUUGACUUCAUAUAUCAUAUAGUCAAAAGAGUAUAGAAGGAAGUGAUGUGAGAAAUGGAAUAAGCAUUUGUGGGGAAAAAAUGUGACCUCUAAGGUUUGUGUACUUAUUUGAAGUUGACAUAUUAGUGGACUUAGUUCUUACUAUAAUAGAAUCUGUCCACAUGUACAAGUAAAUGCUACUUUAUUGAUCUGAUCAUCUUUAAAAUUUUCUUUAGUAUUCCUCAUUAUAUUCUUUAUAUGGUCAUAUGUGGUAUACUUUCAUGUAUGAAUGAAGGAAUUAUUUAAAUAUGUUAUUGUAUCAAACUGUCAAUAUGUCUCUUGAGUACCAGCCUUUGGUUUAACACAAAAUGAGCAGCCAACCUCUAUUUCUUUAUAUAGCAAAAAGAUUAAUUCAAUGACCAGAGCUCCUUGACCAUCUAACAACCUUUCAAAAAAUUCUGUGACCUGAUAAUUUUCAAUUUCUUACAAGCAAAUUUUAAUGGGUUCAAAUUUUCUGAUUCCAUCCUUCAACCAGUGAGCGUUUUAUAAAAUUUUGCUUUUUGUAGUUCAUAGCCUAAUAGCACUAAUUUUUUGUUGCUUCUCAAACAUAAAAUUUUUACAAAAUAUUGCUUUAGAAACCCUGCAAAAAUUCUGAUGCAUGCCUUUCCCCUGUGGCCUCACUAUUAAUGAAAGCUCACCACUCACAUUGCAUUUUCCACAGGGGUCUUGAUUCAUUGGUGAUUCCACAGCAAAAGGUCCCUGAUCCUAAACUGUCAAAAUAAAGUAGUGAGACUGAUGUACAUCUGAUAACUUUGUGGAAGCAAUUAGAAAAUUUCCUCUGGUAGAUGAUGAUGCCCUCCAUCCUCUAAUAGUGGCAGAACUUUGCCUUCUCAAGAGUAUAAAUCAGCCCCUUUAAGACUUCUUUUAAUAUUUUUGGGCUCGGGAUAUGGAGUCUCUCUGUUGAUUCUGACUUUCUGACUAUGAUUUUGGGCAGUUGCAUCCAGAGCAAGUUCUGAGUGUAGUUUCAUAACUUCAAGAACGUUUGGCCAUUUUAUGAUUGACAACAUGUAAUAUUGGAUCUCACCUGACCUACAACUGGCAUUCAGCUUUUAUCAUUGUAAUCACUUCAUUUGGCCAAGGCGGUUGGUAAAACUGAGCAAAGUUAAAUAUAAAUUCCAAUCGUUAAAUUGGUGAGUGCAUUAUGCAGAAGAUACAGAAUCCUAUUUCAGAAAAAGAAACAUGCUAUUAUAAGCGGAUUCCUUAGAUUUUGUUCAGAUCUACCUACGGAGUUUUGCUAAUAGAAUGUAGUUCUGCUAUUCCUUUUUACCAUUAUGUACUUACCACUUCUAACCAUCUUGUUGUCUUCCCAUCACGCAGUACAUUUCAAAAUGCUGGGCGGUCCCGAUGGUAUUACACCCACAAGGACAGCAUGGGAAGGGUAAACAAUUGAAAUAGAUAUUUCAUGUUGGGAGCUUAAUUAGGCCAUGAUUAAUCGUCUCUCAAAGCAGAGACUGUCUUAUCUAUAAAAGGAGCAACCACUGAGAGGUGGAACUCCCAAGGGAAAGCACUGCAGGUUUCCAGCCCACAAGAAAUGGUACGUAUUUCACUUUCUUUGACUUUUUCCCUGCCUGUCAAGGUGUCCAAAUGUACUCAGAGGCUGUCCACAUUUUCAGUUUUGUCAAAGGUUCUCUGAUUCAAUUUUGUAAGAAACAUUUAAAUCAGUGGUUAUGUAAAUUAUUGUUUAUUUUGUUUUAUUUUUAGGAAAGAGCAUUACUGUAUAACUUCAAAAAGCAAUAUGACUUAGUAGUUAAACUUAUGACCCAUAUUUUUUCAGGAAGACUUGCUUGCCCCAAAUUGUCUUGUCUAUCUGUUAUCAAUGCAGUCAUUCAUAGCUGCCUCAGUGGUUCACAUUUUUUAGAAUCAUGCUUCCCUAGCAUUUUUUCAAAGAGUUGGAGAGUUUUCCCCAUGGGAAUAAACAGUCUUAAUAUUUCCUUUCCCUAAUUUCAGCCUUUGCAGUUCUUCGGUGACUACUCCCAUUAUAUCCAACUACCCUUAGUGAUGCUCACUAUUACCUCUCGGCAAUAGGGAAAGAGCUUAUGCUAUAAAGUGAUUGCUCAAGACAUGUUUUUCUCAAAGUGAACUUAUCAUAGGAGAAAUCAAAUAUAAUGACAUUCCACCUAGAUAACAGUCACUAGGACAUAGUAUGGAAUCUUUAUAAAUGAGCGGGACAGAUUAUACCUACAGUUACACAUACAAUAGUGUUGUUUAUUUUAUACCUCUUGAAUCAUAUUUAUUAUGCUUCAGUGCCCAUCGACCUAGCCUUUUAUUCUAUCAAUAUGUAGGUGUGGAUUGGGAAUGAGAACCAGCAUUCACAUCCCUGAUGCUCAUGAGAGUUUCUACAAAGGUGGAGUAUGUAAACAUAGAAAAACAUAAUAGAUAGUUUCCAUGCCUCUAAGAAAUAUGAGUGGGUCAAAUGCUUCUCUGUGGGUACUAUUUUUCUGCUAUGCAAAUGGUAGAAAAGUUCACAUUAAUAGCCAAACAGACCAAGAGAGAAAUUAGCUAACUUCACCGUUAAUCUGUCUACUUUGACAGUUAACAUACAGCCCAGCGCUCCUAAUUUGUUGACUGCAAAGACAGAUAUACCUAGUUAAAUCCAAGAAUGUACUGGGGGACAGGGGGGAUAAAUUUACUAGAAUAAUUAUACAACCCUCCGUACUAAGAUUGCUUAUUCGCCGAGAAGAAUCCUGCCCAGAGAUUUUCAGAGACAUUUCCUUACAUUCCCAACCUUCUUUUAAUUUACACAACUUUUUAAUUAGAUCCCUUGAAGCCACAUAGUAAAACAAGAGAUGAAUUAUCUAAGGAGAACUUUUGGCCCUCCCUCUAAUGUGAAGAUCAGAUACUUGACUCUAUUUCCCAUUCUUUCCAAAUGGAAAGAACAGUUCAAUUAAGUAACCAACUAUGUAACCACUUUUUGACAUAAUUCCACCUAAAAAACAAAGAGUGAACUAAAUUGUACAAACAUUAAACCUAACAGUGAUAUGACCAGAUGGCUAGUUUUGAGAAAAAUAAUAUUUUCUGUAGAUACCUUGCUCUCCCUUCCUGUACUCAUCCUAAUGCUCAAGUUUGAGAAAUACUCCAAGGAAGAAAUCUUGAAAGAUUGUACAUUCAAAUAAUGCUCAUGUAAUUGAGUAAUAUGGCAUUUGGGAUGAGAAUAAGAGCAUAUUUAAAAAUAAGAGAAUUGGCACAAAAAUGUGUUAACUAGGAUUUUAUUACAAAUUGCCCUAAGAUAUUUGGAAGUUAUUAUAUUUAAGUGAAAUAAAUCCCAGUUUCCAGAAACAACAGUACAAUUUAUAUUCUCAGGUUUUAUAUGAAAAUCAAAAUUGGUCAUACAUACUUUUUGGCUUUGGCAACCAAAGAAAAGCAUGUUUUUGGCACACGUUUCCAAAUUAUUGAGUUAUGUGUAGAAUAAAUUGGACCUGUACAGGUAUCUCAUUAAAAUUACCUUCAAUAAUUUCCCUUUCUUCCUUUAAGCCAUAAAGUUUCUACAUUUUACAACUUGACAGUUUAGCAAUUUCAUUUAUGAAAGGCUGAUUCCAUUUUGAUGUUGAUUUUUACAUUUCAGAAUUUGUCAUAUAUAAAUAUUUGAUGCAUUAGAUGGGAUACUGAGCUUGAGUCUGGCCCAAAUGAACCACAAGGCCCAGACUGAUCUAUCAGUAGUUAGAAGGCUUCUGAUACAUUGGCUUUCUAAUGCACAGCAAAUACUAGCGUUGUUUUCAAUAUUCUUUCUUUUGACUAAAAGUUUCCAUUCCAACUGGUGAAAAAUUUUUUAAAAAUAUUUAUAAUGAUAGUUAGAGAACUGUUUAUAUGAGGAUCAGACAUUGUUUCAGCACUGGAUCUCCUCUAUCCCCUCUCUUGCUACAGCAUACAGCCCAGAGACACACAUGUAAAAGUAGGUGAUCUCUGUAAACUUCAGCUGCAUUUCUGUAUGUCUAGGAUUGUCCUAGUAUCAGAUAUCCUUUGAGAAAGAGUUGGAGAGGCAUGGAAGGAAGCAUAUUCCUGAUUUCCCCCCUUUUUAGCUAAAAAUACAAAUUCAGAGCUGUUUGAAAAGGGCUUAGAAUAAUAUUAAUUAAACAUAUUCUAUAAUACAAAGAGAAGUACUGUUUUAAAAUAAAUUUAUUUUUCUUUCUUUUUUAGCAAGCAUUUCUGACAGAAAAUCUUUAGGGCCAAUUAGAGUUUCUUUCUGACUUUUAAUUGCCCUCUGCCUUUUGGGAAAGUGUUGAAAAAAGCUCUGGAAAAAAAUAUGCUGGUCAAGGUCAAACCCUGGGGAAUUAAAAACAUGAGAUUUUUAUAUUUACCCUCCAAACAUAGCACUGAGCAGGCAGGUUCCCAUGCCUGUUGUUAAUCGGCAUUUUCUAAACACGUGUUUUGGUGUGCUGGGAGCAGAGGAGUAGGAGGCCCACCCAGUCCCACCACACAUACCGGGACAUCUUUGACCACAUGGGUCCUCUGCCGUUCAUAUUUUAGCUUAGAUGUUCUUAACUGAACUAACUUCCAAUUUUCACAUACACUGAUCAUCUUGUCCCUAGCGUUCUCCCUCCAAGAUCCUGCUAACAGGCAAACUAGCCCUUUCCAACAGUUGGUACCUGAGAUUUCUCAGAGCGCUCUUAUCAGAGUAAGGAGUGAGAUUGCAGAAGGGGCAGUAAUGUCAAUACCAAGUUAUCGGAAACUACUUAACCAGCCACUGCAUUACAUACUGGAGGCCGUCUAGGACACUUACCCUUGGAAAUGGUGGAAAGACUUUGUUUUAUUUCUAUUUCACCAACAGAACUUUUGUAGCAUUGAAUCUAAGCAAAGGAUAACAUCAUAUUAUAAUGGAAAGUUAUUUUUAACUACAACUGUUAUUGUUAAAUUUAGAAGAAAAUAUUGUCUUUGAAGUUUCAGUCCAAAACUCUAAGGAGAACAAGGUUUUUACUGCCAUCGGUAAUCCUGUGAGAAAUUUGACACUCCAGAUCUUAUUUGAGACAGAUAAGUCUAUGAUAAAUAUAUGUAUGAGACUUAAAAUAUUCUUGAUAUUCUCAGGUUGUUCUCACAAAUUCUGCAUAGAUUUAGUUGUCUUUUUUUAUGAGAACCUUUCUUAUCAAAAAGGAUUGAAAAUUUUUCCAAUAACUUGUUGUUAAAUGAGUCUAGCACCCAAAGAAGCUGAGAGCAGUUGGUUCUACCAGUGACUCUUCUAGGAGCUCUUUCCAGGUUGGUCUCGAACUCCUGACCUCAAGUGAUCCGCCUGCCCUGGUUUCCCGAAGUGCUGGUAUUACAGGCAUGAGCCACUUUUCCCAGCCUGAUAGUUCUGACUCAAUCCCUAGACACAUUCUUCAGAAACAACUGUACAUGGUGAGAGAAAAGUGAAAAGGAAAAAAGUUUUCCUUCCUUCAAAAUACACUAAAUUUGCUUAUCACCUUUAAAAUUUGGACUGAAUGUUUAAACUUUAAACACAAAGCAAAGGGAGGUGCUCUUAAAUGUCAAAUCUGAAGCAAAGAUUGCAUUUUUGCAAAGCUAUUCAGAAGAUGUGUUAAUUAUUGAGACAUGGGAUUCAUUAACACAUCAGCACCCAACCACUGCCUCUCCUGCCCCCAUUCACACAUUAUCCACAAUCAAAUAAGCAGCUAAGCAGGGGAAACCUAUCACUGUUAAUGUCAUAAUCACAUCACCACUGAAUUACCAGAUGUGGUCAGGAACUAGGCAGAGUAGGUGGGACCAAUCCUAGGACUGGGGCCAUACCACAACCUCAGCUCAGCCCCUUGUCGGAUACGGUUUCUGAAUUUAGUACAAUGCCAGAAGUAUUUUUUUUCUUUCAGCUGUGAACCAGCCUGUUUUCUUUGACAAGCCUUUCCAGAUUCAUGCAGCUCAAUCACGUGCUUGUUGCCAGUUUGAGAGUGAACCUAUUAUUUCAAACUUGUUGCCGUGACCAAUUUUUACAAAACCGAAAGUAGCACUGUGAGGUGGACUGGACCUAGUGAUGAGGUAUCUACACUUGCAUCCUUUUCUUCCAAGAGAAUAUUCUGACACUCCAACUCUAGAAGUCAUGUCAUUAGUAAAAUGAAAAUAAUAAUUGCUUAAUCCCUGUUUAGAAUUAGUUCAUACUUCUUCAGAGCUUGAAGCCUCCACGACUCAACAUCAGAUCCAUGGAUAGUAUUACUAUACCUUUACCCAAAGACUGGAUUUAUUUUGUAAAAAUAUCAGAAUGGGUCUAGGUCCCUUUAAAGCAACUGACAAGGUAUUUAACAAUAUUUUAAAACAAUGAAGAAAGGAUGAUUCUGCAGAGGCUGCUGGGUUACAGAGGAGGGCAGAGAUUUUGUCAGACUCUCUUGAUGUUUUGCUCUUCCUGGUAAGUUUUUAUCUGUCAUGGUUCCCAGUGGAAUAUUCUCCAUACACAUUCUGUGGGAGGAUAUUGACAUGGCUCUAGACUCUGCCUUUUAUUUUCUAAUUCUCCUUGGAGAAUUAGAACAGGCAUUCCAGAACUUGUAAUAUAGAGGGGAAAAAAGAAAAAAUGGCAGAUGCCUCAUUGAUGGAUCCACAAGUUUUGUACAAAAGCACACACCAUUCUGAUUGUCUCUAUAUUAACAUUGUACUCACCAAACAGCUUUCUUAAGGUGACUGGAACAAGAUAAAUAUCAACUGGAUAAUUACCUAAGGAAAAAGAAUAAAAAAGAAAUCAAACCAAAAAAAAAGCAAAAAAUUGGUCAGUUUAGCAAGUGUGUUUUCCAGGAUCAUAGGCUCAUAAACUAUACAGUCAAGAGAGUGAAACAAUUUUAAAAUCAAAAGUUAGAGCCUUUUAUAUUUCUUCAGAUAUACAAUUUCAUAAAUCAAGCAUUUAUUUUGUGCAAAGUAUUAUAUUAGGUACCCUAAGAUGGUAUAUAAAGAAUUCAAAACAGAGUAAUUUAAGAAAAUUAACACUAGUCUUUGAUUUAGUCAGGAAGAGUCCACUUAUGGCAUUCUAAUUAAAUUAACCUUCCAUUUUGGUCUACAUUUUAUCAAUUUGAGAUUGCUUAAUGGGGCCAUUUUGAAACCUAUCAAGAAACUUUCCUCUAACAGAAAUAGAAAUAUUAAUUUUCUUAAUUUCACAUUCUGUCUUCCACUAAUAAGAUAAAUGGAUUCAGACCCAACACACACAUCCAGAGAUUACCAUGAGCCAAGACCUGUGUAAGUUUGAUAUACGGUCUUUUAUUCAACAUUUCAAGUUGGGAAAAUCUUAUUACAAAGAUCAUUUGCCUCACCAUUGCUGAAUUCUUUUACUAGGUGUUGAUGCUAAUUCAUCACUGGAUUUUCUUAACUCUGCCUGUUGCUCUUUUGGACUUUGAGGCAUGUGGUUCUAUUUCAGUGAGUUACAACUCCAGCUCUCAUCUUUUAACAGCAAACUAGAGAACAUCUCACUCUUCAUCUCUGAGGACACAGUGUUCUCUUCAUUUUAACAUCAAAAAGUCACCAGAGAGAAGACCCAAAGCCUUUUCUCUUUGGAAAAGGAAUCUUUAAUUGUUUCAGAGGGUGAGGAAUCUUCGGCUCUCUCUGGACUUGAUUGUCCUCAUCAUUAAAUGGGAAGACUUUACCUUUAGCUUGAUUUUCCAGAACACAUCAAGCCCUGUAUGGUCAGUGUUUCCCUGUUAUCAUCCACUUAUGUGUAUGGGUUGAAGGUACUUUAAGUUGUGAGCCAGCUCAGGCCCAUAUUGGGUCACCAAUGCACUUGUCAAGCCCAUGUAACCUCAUGAAGUCUGAUAGAAAUAUAAACAUUUAUUUUGAAAUAAUUCCAUGUGCAUGGUUGGAAAAACAGUCUCCCUUCCCUGAGAGGAAUGAGUAAUUUCUCCCUUUUCAAGAAGUGUACAGUAGAAAAUGUAAUGAGAUUGGAAUGGAUUCCAAAUCAGUGACCUUUUUAAGGCUGAAACGACUAUUUUAAAUGAAAACUAAGUUCAUACAGUUUCUUAUAGUAAUUCUACUUUUAUUUUUUAGUCAUUGUGCUUAAUCUUUUAGGAAAAAAAACUAACCAGUUAUUUUUUACUAAAGUAUGUGAAUUACAAACAGGAUGUGCAAUGACCAGGCAGAAAGAUAUUUAAAGGUGUAAUUAUUCUAAAGGAAGAUGAGAAAAAAUUCAUCUGCUACAGAUUCAACUGUCUUUUAAAUGCCUCUCUUGUCAUGGAGUAAAUGACUACUCAAAAGGAUUUCACAAAAGACUUAAAUCUCACCCUUAGCAAUCAACCGGUCGGCCACAGCUCAAAUGCCUCAUUAGCAAAAUGAAAUUGCACAACAGACGAAACAUAGCAAAAGAAUGUAGACAUUUCCAUGGGGUGGAAGAAAAGAAGAAAGAAAAAGCAACCAUAGUGAACUCUGCUUGCAUAAACAAAGAAUGUUUUAGUGGAAUAAAUGUAAGCUUUCUCUUGAAGGAAUCCCAGUUAGAAUGUCAUUGGAAACGGCAAAACUAUUUCAGCUUCAUAGCAGCAAUAUAUUCCAACUUUAUUACCACUGAGGCACAAAGCUAAAUUUGUCAGGGGGAAAGGUAAGCAAAAAUUACUGACAUUGCAACCGAUAAAAUGAUCUUGUGAGACUCAAUAUUGAGAAAGAAAAUUAAAAUAGCUAAUAUUUCUGUUAUAAUUCCAGUGAUUACUAAGACUUCUGCCAAGGGAUAAAAUUACUUUUCCUUCUGUCAUUAUAAAUUUCUAUAUAGAGCUAUUUUAAUGCAGUAAGGACUGUAUUUUCAUAUUUUAAUAAAUCCCUCACGUUGAAUUUGCCCCCCAUUUCAGAUUUGAUUAGGAAAUACUAAAUUGAGAAGGCAGGUUUUUCCAUCUUUUUAAAAACAAGUAUGCACCAUAAGCAGUUUCAGCUGAUGUCUGCCUUAAGCAAUCUUGAUAGAGCUUUCAAUCAGUGGCAGGUGCUUGUUUAAGGAAGAGAACCUGUGAAUAGAUUUAGCCUUUCUUCCUCACAGACAGCUUCUCAUUCACACACGCUCAUCUCAUCUUCCUCAACUUCUUGCACCAAUCCCGCCUCUUGGAUUGACCCACAUCCACCUAGCAGUUGAACAAACUGCAGAUUCUAAUUACAUGUCCUGACAGUUGCUCAACUUAAUUUUUCACCAACUGAAUUUCAUGCAUUGCCCCUUGAUGUUCCUUCCCUCUGUUCACUCUUUUCUAUAACUCCUUGCAUUUGAUAUACUUUAAAAUGGAUUUGACUAGGAAAAAAUAAACCAAGUCAGCAAACCCUGGUGUUCAUUCAAGAAAUUGUGAACAAAUUUAGCUGUUAUGGUAAUAAUCCUGAGGUGAGAGAGAAAAUAUCACCUAUGUGACAAGAGAUCAUUUUAACGCUAUUACUAAAAUAGUAUUCUAUGAAUAGAGGCCAUAGAAUUUUCUACAAAUAGACUUGUAGGGACUCACAUUUUGAAUCAUAUUUUACUUAUAGGUUUGCUCUAUAUACUGAUAAACUUCUGAACCUAAAGAUUCUCUAUAAUUAAACUAGCACAAAUAUAAUCUGUCCCUUACCCACAUUGUAAGAAUGUCUGGUGGGGGAAAUCCAAUACUGACCUUCACAUUCCACAUGGAAAAUCUUUGUCCCCAGAGUGCAAUUAGGGUGAUUAAAAAUAAGCAGCUUUGGUGAGUCUCAAGUUUGGUCCCCAAACAAGCAGCAUCAGCAACUGGAAAUUUGUUAGACAUGCAAAUUAUCCAGUCCCACCUGAGACUUCAGCCCAGAUCUAUGAAUCAAAAAUUUUGGAGUGACCCUGGCAAUAUGGACUUUAAUAAGCCCUGAGGAUGGUUCUGAUGCAUGCUCAAAUUUGAGAAUCAUUGAUCUAUGACACAGCAUUCUGAGUGGCCAAGAAUGAACAAUGUCACCCACUGCUUAAUUAUGCUUUCCCUUAAGAAAAGGUUUAAAUGCUUAAAAGGUAGGUUCUUUAUAGAGACAAUGCAUUCAGAUAUAUGGGAGAUAUGUCCACCAUUCAGACUUAAAAUAUAAUUUUAAGGGACAUUAAUCCUUACGUCUUUUUCUGGCAUAACUGAGUCUGAGGCAGCCUCUCCAGUCAGAGAGAUUUCUAAUCAGCUUAUUUAGUUCUUUUAAAACCCCACAGCUGAUCUACUUUGCCUAACUUCCCCGGGGCCUAGAAAAUGACCCUGGACACCUUUCUCUAAUUGAUUAGCUCUGGCUGAUUUGCCUUAAUGCUAAACCACUGUGUAACAGUACUAAAUUAUACUUAAUGACACAGUCUACUGUUUUGAAGAGUGCUGUGUAUGACUGACUGAGCUAAAAGGAUUGCUGGCUAUGAGUGAGUUUUAGUUUUAGAAUUCAUUUUCAAAGACUCACAAGGCUCAAGAAGCUUGAAAACCACAGAUGAUGUAUACAGUAGCCGGAGUUCCCUGGAGGCUCCUUUCUAGGGUCUCUCAUUUGAAUUGGUGCAGAACUGAAGCAGAGAGUCAGAAAGUAACUCUGCUUGUAAAAAUGGCUUAGGAAAAGGAACUUAAGAUUGUGGGUUGUAUGUGUGUAUGUGUGCACACACAUGUAUGUUUCCUUAAUUCUAACCUGAAAAUAUCACAUUUGUGGAUACUUAAAAUACUCAUAUGCAUUUUGAUACACAAAAGCAAUUCAAAGUAUGUAAAAGGAGGCUGGAAAUGUAAGCUUAACAGUGAUAUUCUGGAGAAAAAUGUUGUAACUGUCACUCCAGGCCUCCCUUAGGAGAAACCAAACUUGUCAGAUAUUUUGGAAUGGUUGCUCUUUUUCAGGAAUUAGAAUAACUGAAGUAUGAUACUGUGUUCCAUGUGCUUUAAAAUCUGUGACCCUCCCCUGUUGCUGGUCAUAGCUUCAGCAUUUGAGUGUCCAUUGUCUGUCGCUGAGGACAUUUUCUCAUUGGCUCUUUUCCCCAUUGUCCCAUUCCUCUCACUCACACCUGAUUACCAAAUAGCUGUAACGAAAUCACAGUCACUCCUUCCUGUGUUUCCACCAUUGUGUACAUCUUCAUUUGCACACCCUAUUUUUUAAUCAAAGUUAAAGCCUCACCAACAAGGUACUUCUUAGAACAAUCACCCACUUCUGGCCACUUCGUGAUGGGAAAUACAUCUUUGCAGGGGAAGGAGCUGGAUCAGACUGACAGGGUUUCACUCAGACUAUUUCAAACAAUGCGGAGCCUUGACCUCAUUCCCGACUUUUGCCGUCCAUAGUGGUUGGUUUCUUGUUUUCUCUUUCUCUCUUUUUUUAACAGAAACUCUUAAGCUCAAGGCUAAAUUACAGUGGGGACUUGCCUUUGUCUACAGUCCAUGGUUUCUGUAUUGGCUCAAGUCUUGAAAUCUUGAAACAAGCCUAAAUUAAAAUUUUCUCUUAGCUUAAGAAAAAAAGUUACAUAUUGUCAAGACCCUUAUGUGUGUGGUCCAUUAAAAAGGUCUUGAUAUUAGAAGAUAACAGCAAAUUGUUUCUUAUCCCACAACAGCUUUGCCUUUCAGUGUCCUUUGUGGUGGUUUUCGUAGGUCAGUGGUACAAUUCAACACUCUUCCAAUAAGCCAUAAUAAUAAUUGUUGGCACAACUGUUAUUACAACAGGACUUGCCUGGGUUCCAUCUAUGAAUUUUUACAGACAGUAGGAAGCUCACACUGAGGAGACAUCGGUAACUUCCUGGACAAGGGCAAAGGAAGGAACUAGCAUAUUGUACAUACUGUGUACGUGCACAGAACACUGGUCUGUGCCUUUGGAGUGUUCUCAGAGGGGCAGGCCAGAAGGGAGGAUUCAGGUAGGAAAUGAAUCUAGGACUUCUCUUGCCUUUGAUGGUUACUGAUGGCAAUUGUGUUUCCCACUGAAUAACUUGGUGGACAAUUUUGAUAGUAAACUGAACUCAUACCGAGCAAGCACAAUAGUCAAUCCAUAAAGAAAAGGGUGGCAUAUCAUAAUGCCAGAAACCUUCUCUCCCUAAGAGGCGAUCAUGAAUUUCCUAUACAGGGCAAAAAAGGGAAGAAUAGCCUAUUCAUAUUCUGUAUUCACAGUUUGAAGGACCCAUCACAAAUGACCUUCAAAGACUGACAGGGGGCAGGUAGAAGGGAGGCAAAAAUGCAGAGAAAAACAUGUUACCUUGAAAAACGAAGUAAGAAAUCCUAAUAUUCCCGUAGUUGAUCCUAAAGUUUGUUCCCAUGUCUACGGUUAUUUCUAAAUAACUUCACUACACUUUGAAAUUCCUUAGUGGUGGUUUAUCAGUAAUACUUAAAUGAAUUUUUCCGUUUCUAUUCUUUGCUGCCAAUGAAUGUAAUCUCCACGACUUGCCGUUCGAGUGCACACACAGACACACACAUAUAAUGGUAUAUGCAUCAUAUAUUACUCAUUUUGUGGGAAACACAAUGUAUUAUAAUGAAAAAGAUUCCAGCACAUUCUUUCAGUGUGUUUCAGUGAUAAAAUUUUGUGGGGGAAUAGAGGUACACAUACUCUCUUUGCUGACCAUAUUGUUGAAAUUAUGAUCUUAAGCAACACUGUUAGAAAUGCUUGCAUAAAGUAUCUUCUCUAGUAUUAAUGAAUUGAUUCACUCUGAAUUGAAGGUUCAAAAAAAUGCACUAAACAAAUAUUUUUAUAUCUGUGGUAUUUUCCUAUUAACUACUCUUAGUGAACACGUGACCAUAUACCUGAUAUCAUUAAAAAGGAAAAUGGCCUAAACGAAACGUUAAAAGUGGAGGUAUUUAUAAAGUCUUCUGCCAAAGACCAUUGUUUAAUGAUCUGUAAAAUGUAGAUUAUCUUCUUUUAUUAUGAAUGUGAUUGUAAGAAACACUCACCCUAACAUUCUCUAUCUUUUGAAAAUGAAUAGUUUGUAUUUCUAAGGACCAAGGAAAAUAUUUUUUAAGCCAAUGUAGUACACAGAAGCCUUGUAAAUGAGAGGUACAAUGAUUUGGAUCAACUGCAUAAUGCUAGAUUAGAAUUCCAACAUUUGAUGAUAAAUUUAUCAAUCUUUCCUAUAAUUCUUAUACUGCACUAAAUUACAUUUUGGAAAUUUUAGCUAAUCUUUUCAAAUUAAAGGCACCAACAUUAAUGACAGAUCUUGUCUAAUAUGAAAAGCAUCAAAACAUUCCCUUUCAAGCACUUUGAAUGGAUGAAAAUUGCCAUAUAAUUUUCCCACCUACCUAACCAUUCCAUGUAAGUUAACUCAGCGGUCUAACAAUGUUGUACAGAAGGUUGACAGACUAUGUGCACCAAGAAUAUUUAAGUUGUGCAGUUAGCAAGAACUAGCCAUUUCAAAAUAUACUCAAAUGUUUUGUAAAUAAAAAUUUUGACUCCUAUAAUUUUGUUCAAACUGCUGUCUUUUAAAAUAAUUAGAUUUUAUUUGAAUUUUAAAAGUAAUCUGUUGUAAAUUAGAUGUUACUUUGUUGACUCUGUAAUUCAAUGUACACUCAGCCAUAUUCCUGUGGGGAAAUAUCAAUCUUACUGACUUUCAUGGCAUGAGCCAGAGAUUCAUAGUUUCCUUUAGGACUAUAAGUAUGAAGUCAAAACACACCAAAAUGAAAUGCUAGUGAAGAAAUUAGAAACCUAUUGUAUAAAAUGUAUUUUUAAAAUCUUAAGAUAUAUGUGAUUUACACUGCCUGUUAAUCUAGUCUCUUUGUGAUUAAAAAAAACAUAAUAUUUGUUAAGACUCAAACACCAAAUAUUUGUGAUGUUUGUAUAGCACCAUCGUUAUAUGUGAUUUCAAAGGGUAAGCAUCUCUGUUGUAAUCAUGUGAGCCCACAGAAGAAUAAAUUCCUGCUGUUAUGUACAACCAACUCUCAGAAUUCAGACUUCCUGCAGCUGCCGUAUCACCAAUAAAUGAGAAUUGUGAAAAACAAUUUUUAAAGAAUUGAGUUUAUGAUCACUGUGCAUUUUGUUAAUGAAUGAUUUCAGAGUUUUAUUUUUACCAGAAAUGCUCUCAGCCAGUAAACACAACUGCUGAUUUCAACCAUACUAUCAUUUCAAUGGUUUCUAUAUUCUUGAUCUAACUACCAAAAACUGGAAGCUUGUUGCAAGGUAUGUCCUAACAAACAUACAAUAAAUGACUCUUCCUGCAUGCUGCCUGAGAUAUGUUGUAAUUUGAAAUGUCUUAUCAAAAAAUUAUACAUGUUAUAACCCAAAGUUGAACUGGCAAUAUUUUUCAUGUGUAAAAUUGAUGGUAUGUUAAUAUCAAAAGCAGAAGCAUUUUGUCAUACAUGUAUGUUAUAUGUGAUGUUUAAUCGUGUUAAACUGUAAUCUGUGAAGUUUUCAUUGCCUGAACUAGUCAAUUCUGUAUAAAUCAUUGUCUUAAUUGUUUUCCUAAUCUUACCAUAUUUCCUAACACUGAAAUAUAAAUGUUUGUCAAUUA